AUUGAAAAAAAAACACUCACAUCUCUCUGUCUAACAUCUCUCUAGCUAUUCAUCUCCCCAACCACAACAAACCAACUUGCUUUGCUUUGCUCUGUGACAAGAAGAGAGCAUCCCUCCCCUCAUCUCAUCAAUAAAGCAAAUCCCAUUUUCUGUUUUUUCUUUUUAUUUUUUGUCUUAAAUUUUCAUUUUACUUGUCAUUGGUUCUGUCUGAAUAAAUAAUAUUUAACAGACCCAAAAAAAAUAGAAAAAAAACUUGUAGAAGAAUGAAAGAAAAAGCAAUAACCCCCCAAACCAAGUUCUAAAGCCUCAAAUUUGGAAUAUUCCUUUUCUUCUUCCUUUUUUUUUUUUUUUCUUCUUUAAUUUGCCAUUUCCUUAUUUGAUCUUAUGUGAGAAGAAGACCUCUGUUUCUGUUUUUUUCCUUUCUUCUUCUUCUCUCUUCCUCGUAACAGUAAAAGCUUCAUCAAAAAGCUCGAAAGUGUCUUCCUUUUUUUUUGUCAAUCUGGAUUUACCAAUCUGAUUCUUACGUUUUUUUUUUUAAUUUGUUUUAUCUUUUAAACAUAUUUGAGAAUCCUAUAAACUUUGUAUUUGGUUCUUCUUCACGAUUCCGAUGAUGAAUCGAAUUCAUCUUUUAGAUCUGGUUCUGUAAAUUACCAAUUCGAUUUGCUCUGUUUUGUGAUUUCUUUUAUUAGAAGUAACCAAAAACUUGAAAAGGUUCGUCGCCGGCGGUAAUGGAUUUGGAUGAUUUCCGAUCGGUUAUGGAUAACGCAGGUGUUGAUGUUUGGACAUUUAUAGAUACGGCGAUUCUCGUUGCGUCCCUUGACUACGGUCAAGAGUUGAAGCGACGGAGAGAUAACAUCGUCGAGCGUCUCUACGCGACUUCCAUGGCCAAUAAGUGUAGAAACUGCGAUUUCGGUGGCGGCGGAAGCGUUGCAGAAGCGGCGGUUGGUAGGGUUAAUGGGAGGAUUCAUGAGGAGACGGAGGAGGAAGAAGAAGAAGAAGAAGAAGGAGAAGCAGUAGCAGUAGCAGCAGCAGCAGAGGAAGAAGAAGUAAGAGAGAAAUCUGUUAAUGGUGAAGACGAUGAUGAUUUCGAUCCGUUUGCUGGUUUGUUUGAUGAUGAGCAGAAGAGUAUUCUUGAUAUCAAGGAGAGACUUGAAGAUCCUGAUCUGUCUGAAGAUUCUUUGGUUGAGUUGCUUCAGAACCUGGAAGACAUGGACAUAACAUUCCAAGCUCUUCAGGAAACUGAUAUUGGGAGGCAUGUGAAUCGAGUUCGGAAGCAUCCAUCGAACAAUGUUCGGAGAUUAGCUAAACAGCUUGUCAAAAAAUGGAAGGAAACAGUUGACGAAUGGGUCAAAUUUAACCAGCCUGGUGAUCUUGAACCUCCGAGUUUGAUAGCCGAUGAGGACUCACCCGUGCAGAAAGCUCUCCAUAACAGUAAUCGCCAACAGGUACCUGAUUUCGGAUAUUCACCGGUUCCUCAGAAUGGAUCUUCGGGUUCAAGCAGGAACAGUAACAUUACCGAGCCAGAGAGAAAACCAAGACCUGUUGCUGCUGCUCCUCCACCUAGGAGAGAAUCUCCUUCUCCAGCUAAACCUUCUCGCCCAUCUCCUUCUCAACAGAACAUGCAGAGGGACAAAGAGCAUAAAGAAGUUGAUUUCGACACAGCACGGAAAAGGCUACAACAAAACUACAGACACGCCGAGAAUGCUAAAAAGCAAAGGACUAUACAGGUGAUGGACAUUCAUGAGAUCCCAAAACCUAAGAAAGGUGGAUUUUUUCCAAGAAAAGGCGGCAGUUCUCAAGGUGGUGGUAGACACUGGUAGAUUGAAAAAAAUGAUGAGAGAGGGAGAGAGAGAGAGAGAGAGUUAAGUGAAACGAGGAAGAAGAUUCAAAAAAGCAAAAAAGACAGAGAACAAAAGCUCUGUUUUUGAGACACACAAGAAGACAGUGAAUUCUAAAAAAAAAUGUUUCAAGAAUUUGGAAUUGAGUUGGUGGGUACACUUGUUUUCUAUUUUGUUGUUACUACGAUAAUUUUUUUCUUUCUUUUCUGAUAAAGAACAUAAUUUUCUUGGA